AGGAUAUUAAAGCUUUAAAAUGAUAAACAUUUUGAAAAAUUAUGAGGUGUUUGAAUUAUGGUUAUGUUUUAACUGUCAGUGUCAGGCCUCCUCUACUCACAUGACAUCACAAUGUUAACUUGAAAACAUACUGUAUGUCACAAAGAGCACAGGAAAUGACCUCAUGCUCAUGAUUUGAAUUGUCAGUGCUAGGCCUUCUCUAAUCACAUGACAUUUGUUGCCAAGUUACCAUUGUGAUGUCAUAAAGAGCACAAUUGCUACUUGUCAGUUACUACAAAGAGCUGUCAGAGCAGAGUUUGCUUUUUAUCUGUAUCACAUCAUACGGAUAAAAGCUUUGCUAAAACAUAGAAAGAUCAUUAAUUCUUUUAGAAGAACGACUUAAUAUUUUUAGAAAAAGCGAGAUCAUGGAUUUACAUCGCCUUUGGAACUUCUGUGCAAUAAUUCUGGGCUGGUUCGCGGUAUUUAGUGCUGUCUCUCUUUUAGUAGGCAUUUAUUAUACCUAUGUGCUGGAGUUCUGUAUAUUUACAGUGACAUCACUUGCUGAGAAAGUGAUCUACAUGGUGUUUUAUCACAUCUUUUUCAUCAUGUUGGCAUGGUCAUAUGGAAUGACCAUACUUAAUCGUCCUGCUACCCCAUCUAAGGAGUUUGACUUAUCGGACAUUGAGCAGGGCCAAUUUGUAAGGCAGGAGAAGCAAGACUUUCACCAGGACAUUCUCCAGUGCAUUGCUAAAGAGCUGCCUAUUUACACAGUGACAAAGAAUGGAAACAUCCGAUACUGCCGCAUAUGCAACCUAAUGAUGCCAGACAGAUGCUACCAUUGUUUAGCCUGCAACAAGUGCGUGCUUAAGCAUUACUCUCACUGCUUUUUGGUCAACAACUGUGUAGGAUUUUCAAACUACAAGUACUACUUCCAGCUGUUAUUUUACGUUAUGCUGCACUGCCUAUUCGUCUGCACUACAGGACUUCAGUAUGCAAUGAAGUUUUGGACUCAGGAGCUGCCAUACACCGAUGCAAAAUAUCCAAUCCUUUACAUGGUUGGAGUGAAUGCAGUUCUACUUCUUUUCAUAGUGCCAAUCUUUAUCUAUCAUUGCUGGCUUGUUGGAAAAAACAGAACCUCUGCAGAAAACUGCAAGCCUCUUUUCUUCCGCAAUAUUCCAACGAAUAUGGGCUUUUCUCUUGGUUUGAGCAAGAAUCUGAAAGAGGUGUUUGGUGAAGAGAAGAAAUAUUGGUUACUCCCUGUGUAUACCAGGAAAGGUGACGGAUGCUCUUUUCCAACUGGUUAUGAGAGAGAGAACCCAGAGCAAAACGGCAUUGACUUUUAAAUAGGUUAUAAAACAGGAUUUUUUCUUCAAAAAUUGGUUGAAACCAGAGGACUAUCACGGUGCAUUGCUGCAACAACGCAUCGAUUAGAUGAGAGAAACCAAGACAAUAGCACUUCUCAUACAAAUCUGUCCAUAUAUGGAAUAUCUAUCAACAUUCAAAAAAUAUUUCUAAAUAAAACACAUUUAUUUCUUUCA